AUGAGCAGGAUCCCUCCCUCCCUAGUCUAUCUGACCAUCUAUAAUCCUACACUCAAGCCCACACUACUAGACCCAGAGAACGAAGAUGCAGAGGAGCAAGCCCACGUGCUGUUCUAUACUGCGCGAGAACAUGCUGUUUCUAGGGAUAGGAUCUUGAGGCAGGUCGGCCUAGCGAAAGCUCUUGUGAACUUCUCAGAGUUGUUCAACGGUAACCCAUGCGAGAACGUCCGAUCUCAAGGGAGGCGGAUGAUCAUGUAUUCGCCAGAGCCUAAUUUCUGGAUGCAUGCUUGCUACGAGGUCGCGAAGACACCCCGCCCUCUGCCAACGAGCGCAAAGAUUAAAGACAGUUCCAAGGGAAAAGCCAAAGCCAAAGAGCCAGACUCCUCUCGUCCAAAUGUUCUCUACGACUAUCACGACGGUUCGCUUCAUGACGUCGCCUUGCGAUCACAUCUACAGCGAGGAUACGAAGAUUUCAAACUCUUGCACGGAUCGUUCACGUCUAAUUUAUCCAGUGUUGGUCAGGAAGGCUUGGAAUUACGACUAGAACGUUUUUUUACAGUGGUUGCAUGGAGAUGGGACCCGGAGGACGAUAGUUUCGCCACUCAUCUUGGGGUCCCGCGGCACCCUCUUCACCACAAACUCAAUCCUAUACUCGACAAGUUCUCAGCUUUGCUGCCAACAGAGCUCACAAUAUUUGCACUAUUCCCACCAUACGUGAUACCCCCACGGACACAGUCUUGUCCGGCCGCUCUUAUGCGGCUUAUCCUCUCUCGAAUCCCGCCCACUGCUACACCGGCAGCGGAGCAAGGAUUUUUACUCACUCUCCCUAUGCCUGCCAUGCCGGCUAUGAACUUCAGCCUCGACGUGAAGAGCUUCAAAUGGGGCUUGCCUGGAGUGCUGACGUUCGGGAAGGCAAAUCCAGCGCCAUCAUCGCCGCCUGCCAGUUUAGCUGCCGUCGUCACUCCCCCUCUAGAGACCGCGAACUUACAACCCAACCCUUCCCAGAAGGACGCGCUGGACGUGGAUCGUGCGUCGCUUCUCGAGGCGAUAUCAACAGAGAGCAUAGGUUCAUACACACGUGCAGCCUCGCCAGCUCCUUCUGCUCUCUCGAAGAGUUCACAACUCGUAGAAUCAACUUCUGCGAGCGGGGUCAACACCACAACUUUUCCCGUUGAGACUCAAAGCACCCAGAACGAAGACACGCAGGUUUCGUCUCCUAAUCCCCCGCAAUCACUGAGCUUAGACACCGCGUCGUCUGCAAGCUCGUCUGCUUUCUUGACCACCAGGGUGCAUAUAGACAGCCUGGAGGACCCUCUAGUGAGCACCACAAUAGCGGUACGCUUCUUAACGGUAUGGUCUCCCCCCUCUACAUCGAACAGUUCCUCCCGAGGAGAAUGUACGGUUGCGAUCGUUGGAGACAACGGGGAAGACAUCAACCAACGAGCAGACGAUGUCAUUGAAUUAAUGGGGGAAAUGGAGACGAUUGUUUCGGAACAAUCUCUUACACGCGACUCACAAAUUCCGUCUGCGGCGAAGAUUCUUCAGCCGAAAGACAAAUGCAUCGUCGCCACCGGGGAUUUCUCGAUGACGGGAACCGCCCCCUUCAUGUCUCGAUCAGAACACCUCUACAACGGACAGGAGCUCUUGCAGAGUGGCCUCGACAUUUCCGAAGUGUUUUCUCGCGGUCAAAACCCUCAACACUGGUACAUCGGGAGGCGUGGUCUCGGAGUAGCUCCGGAUGGAGGUCAUAUAGACGGCGAGGCGUACAUGGAAGUUGCUCGCAAGGAGACGACCCUAACGGAUGUGGACAAUGCGCUCGCUGGUGUAGUGAGGAGGUUCGCAGACCAGAUGUGA